AUGCCGCAGUACUCGGCUCACAAGCAAGCGCACGACCAAGAAAACCAGAAUCAGCGGGAGAAGCUUGAAGGAGAGCUUAAGAAGGAGAUUAAGAAGCUGCAGCGGUUGCGAGAGCAGAUAAAGGGAUGGAUCGCUGGAGCGGAUAUCAAGGACAAGCAGCCGUUGAUCGAUGCACGCAAGUCUAUAGAGCGCGAUAUGGAGCGUUUCAAGGCUUGCGAAAUGGAGGCCAAAGCGAAGGGCAGCGCAGCAGGGGGAGCCGACCGUGAUUCUACGCAGCGCGCAAAGGAUCGGGCGCGGGACUUGAUUAAGACGGUCGUGGAUCAGCUUACUGAGAAGGUGGAGUCCAUGGAAGCGGAAAUGGAGGAGCUGCAGCUUGUUAAGAAGCUCGUUCCGAGAACGGAGAACUUCAGAGGGGACGUCUGGACCAGGAUGCAAGCCUCUGAUCGCCUUCUCAUUCUUUAUACUGGAUUCCUUUGA